UCCCUGAUGAGUGUAGAACGGCAUCUCUCAGUACCCUCUAGUGCCAGGCGCCAGAAUCCCUUGCGCUGCCCCUGCUCAGAGAAUGUACAGAGAAUGUAGUCCACUUGGUCACUCUGCAGAUGUGUUCUACAACAAACCAAGAGUAACCCUACUGUAACCUCAUAAGUCAAUAAUGGGAGGACAAUUAAGGCGUAAAGCGUGUACGUGAAUUUUACAGUGGUGACCACGGUGCAGUUGAAACGAGCGGCGUAGCCCAGCAGUAUGUGGUGGGAUGGAUGAGGAAGAGCAAAACCGCUAUGUGGCCCAGCUGAAGGAGGAAUUCGACAGCUGUGACACCACUGGCACCGGUUACUUGGACAAAGAGGAGCUUUCGGUGCUUUGCCAGAAGCUACACCUGGAUGCACAUCUGCCCCUGAUGCUGGAUACCUUGCUGGGGCCACAUCAUUAUGCCAGGGUGAAUUUUGAAGAAUUCAAAGAGGGCUUUGUGGCAGUGUUGUCACGCUCUCUGGAGUUCAGUACUUCUGAGGAGGAUAGCAGUUAUCUGGAGCCAGUGAUCCCAGAGGAGGUGCAGCCCAAGUUUGUGAAAGGAGCAAAACGCUAUGGGCGUAAGAGCCGGCCGGACCGACCCAAUUCAGAGCGGACUGCUGAUACCGAGGAGACAGGACCUUUCCACACCGACCCGAGUGAAACCACAGGAGUGAGAAGGGCCAAACUCCGACGCUCCACUUCGCUGGAAAGCGUGGAGAGUCUGAAGUCUGAUGAAGAGACUGGGAGCAACAAGGAGGCCUUUCUCUCUUCUUUUGAAGCACAAGGCCAGCAGAAGCGCUGGAAGCCGGACAGCACAGGCAGUGGCCUGCACUCACCGGGUCUGCGGGAGAAAGUGACCGAUGGGCAAGUGAGGGCGGUUUGGGAAGAACUGGGCGUCGGUGCCGGGGGCUCACUCAGCCGACAGGAGCUGUCACUCGUGUGCGAGCACAUCGGCCUCAAGAACCUGCAGUCAGAGGAGCUGGAUGCUCUCUUCAGGAAGCUUGAUAAGGACCAAGAUGGCCGAGUCAGCCUGCAAGAGUUCCAGAUAGGCCUCUUCAACCAUGGAGAUCUGCCCGCUCCAAAGUCCUCGUCCACCCCACUGAGGCCUAAGGCCCAGCUGUCACUGUUACAGGCGUUCGAUGAGAGGGUGGCGCGGUCCACCUCCCCGUCUCUGCUCUCGGCCACCGUGGGCCAGAAGCUCCUGACCCGGCUGGACGAUGGGAGCGGCUGCACCAGUCCAGAGCGGGUCAUCGCCCUCUGGACCGAGGAGGGCAUCCGCAACAGCAGGGACAUCCUACAGACUCUGGACUUCUCGCUGGACGAGCGGCUGAGCCUGGUCGAGCUCACCCUAGCGCUGGACAACGAGCUGCUGGUCAGCGGCAAUGGCAUCCACCAGGCUGCACUCAUCUCCUACAAGAACGAGAUCCACUUCCUACAGACUCUGGCUGAUCAGGCAUGUCGAGAACGGGAUAAAGCCAAGGCUGACCUGGAAUGGGCUGACCGAAGGAACUUGCAGCUGGUCAGGGAGGUGGAUGACCGUCACGCCACUAUGGAGUCACUCAAUGAAACAAAAAUCAAGGGUCUGGAGCAGGAUUUCCGGGAGAAGCUGACGGCGUUGCGGAGCGAGACGGAGCAGGAGAGUGAGGUGCUGAUGCAGCAGCUGGAAUGGGAGCGCGUCAAACUCCGCGAGGAGGUGGAGGCCCUGCAGGCCAAAGACGUCAGCCUGCAGGAGGAGGUGUGCAACGUCACCCAGGAGAACGCUCGGCUGGAGGAUGAGGCGAGCACGUUGAAGGGGAAGCUAGCUGAGACCGAGAGCACCGUGGCCAGGCUGCAGAAGGACCUGGAGCACCUGCUGCAGGACAAGUUUGCCAGCCUGGAUCAGAGCCCAGCUGUCCUGGAAAACCAGGAGGAGCGUUUCUCUGAUAUCAUUAAGGAGUAUGAAGUCCAGUGCAGGGAGUUGCGAGACAGGAACGACGAGUUGAGCUCGGAGCUGGAGAUGCUGAAGAACCAGACCCUGACCAGGAAACCCAGACGCUCGAGGGAGAGCCUCUCCUCUCCCACCUGGUCUGGUCGCCGAGCACUCGCCAACGAGUCUGAUUCAGAUGACCCUGAGAUGAAGAAAGGCAGUUCUCCUCAAGUCAAGAAAAAACUUGAAGUGGAAAAUAAAAGUGCAUUGGGCUCCUUGGAGAGUCUGUCUGCACCUGUCAGUAUAGAGACUGAGCUGGCCAUGGAGCAGCUGAAGGAGAAGUAUGAACAGGAGGUGCAGGAUCUCAAGAUCCAGCUGGAGACAAAGGUGAACUUCUACGAGCGCAGCAUGGAGCUGAUGCGGCGCAACAUGGAGGUGGAGCGCAAGGACAUCUCGCAGAGCUUCAAGGUGGAGAUCAGCGAGCUGGAGGAGCAGAAGGCCCAGGCCGAGGAGCGGGCGGAGAGGCUGAAGCAGAGCGCAGAGAAGCUGGAGGCCCAGCUGCAGGCCCGGGCCGAGGGGCUGGCCUGGGGCUCGGAGCUGGACCGCCGGCUCCAGCGGGAGCGGGCCGAGCUGGAGCAGAACUACGCCCGUGAGAUGAGCAACAUCGUGCAGCGGCUCACGUCCGAGAAGGACCAGCUGGAGGCCGAGCUGAAGCUGAAGAUGGAUCAGGAAGUGCUACUGGUCAGGGAGGAGAUGGACAGGCAGCUCUGUCAGUGCAAGCAGCAGUACAGCGAGGCCCAGCGCAGCCUCCUGCACCAGCUGCACUGUGAGCGCCGCCGCCUGCACGAGCAGGGCGAGCAGCAGCGCCACCAGCAGGGCCGCUGGGAAGCGCGCCUCCACCAGCUGGAGCAGGAGGCGCGCAGGGAGCGCCUGCGCCACGAGGAGCGCACCGGCGAGGAGCAGGCCCAGAUCUGCCACGGUGCGGCCCUGGAGAAGAGGCGCCUGGACCAAUCGCACCAGGAGGAGGUGCAGCUCCUGCGGGAGGAGAUCCACGGCCUCCGGACACAGGUGGAGCUGGAGGAGCGGGCUGAGGUGGAGGCGCAGGAGCUGCGGAAGCGCCUGGAGGCUAAGCUGGAGGAGAUGUGCGAGCAGCUGGAAGAGAACACGGUCCACCUGAAGUCGCAGGACGCCGCCAUCCAGCGCCUGACGUCCGACCUGCUCCGGAGGGAGAAGGAGCUGGAGGCAGAGAGGACCCGGGCGGAGGAGCUGCUCCGAAAGCUCUCCCACCUGACGCAGGAACUGGACAGCGCUCAGGCAGAGGCGGCCGCACUGCGCAGCGAAAAGGAACUGAUCGAGGGGAACUGUAACCACCUGUCAAGUGCCUUUGCCCUGCAGCAAGCGCAGUUCAAGGAGACAGACGAGGAGAUGAGCGCAUUGAGGGCAAACAUGGAGAAGUCCCAAGAAGUAGUAAGGCUCAAAGAGGCAGUACUCACGAGACAAGUCGCAGAUCUGGAAGUUCUUCAAGCGGAGAGAACCAAGCUCGGCGAACAGCUGAGAAGGCAGACGACAGACAUGGAGCAUUUGCAGACACGUCUCCAAAGUCUGACGACAGACUUGGAGCAAAUGAGGAAGAGCAAGCUGAGCUUGCAGGAGGCCUUUCGAUCGGAGCAGAGCAAGGUGACCGACAUCCGGUCAACACUGGAGCUGGAUAAAGAAGAGAGGGAUUGCCUCGCUCAGGAAAACGCGGCCUACCGCGCCCAGCCUCAGGCGACCAACCAGCUUGCCGGGAGGCCUCGAUGGAGGCGAGGUCCGGAGCUCUCCGGGAUUGUGGAGAUGGAGGCGGAGGCCGAAGGGUUCCGGGAGGAUGUCCAGCGUAUGACCCGGGAGCUGGGCAGGAGAGACUGCCUGGUAGAGGAGCUUCGCACCCAGCUGGACGCUCAGACGGCGGAGAUGGAAAAGCUGUGGGCCGGAGUCCAAAGGAAGGUGCACUUGUUUGAGCAGGGCAAGAGCCUCUCCGGGGAGGUGGAGGAGCUGAGGGGUCAGCUGGUGGACAAAGAGAAAGAGCUCAGCGCUGUCAGACAGGAGGUGGACGGAGCUAACGCCCAGCUCCAGAAAUCCCUGGAGGAUCUGAGCCGGGCGGAGGAGGAGUUUGAGCGGGAGAAGACGAACAUGAGGGAGCAGCUCCUGGAGAUGGAGAACUUGGUCAUGGCUCUGGAGGAGGCAGAAGGAGCGAACACACAGCUCCAGAAAUCCCUGGAGAGAUCCCAAGAGGAGCAGAGCCGGGUGGAGGAGGAGUUCGAUGGGGAGAAGACAAGGAUGAGGGAGCAGCUCUUGGAGAUGGAGAAGCUGGUCAUGGCUCUGGAGGAGGGCAUGGACCCUGCCAGUCCACACAGGGCUAAACUUGAUGAAGUAAAUUCUGAGAAUUGUGCCCUAAAAGACCGACUGACUAUGCUACAACAAGAUGUGAAAUCGCUUGAAGAGGAGGUUGACAAAAAGAGGAGGAGACUGGAUGAAAUGGAGCGAGAACAUGAGAAGGAAAGACAGGAGGAGGAAAAGCUGCACAAAGAGAAUGCAAAAUACCGUGAGGAGGUUCUGGACCUCAGCUCGCGUAACCUCCAGCUUAGUACUGAGAAUGCUGAGCUGAGCUCGCGUCUCCGUGCCGACCAGGGAGCCGUCCAGAUGCUGACAGAACGUCUGGCCCAGGUGUGCCGAGAGCAGGAGGACGGGAAGACCACCAUGCGGCAGCUACAGGAGGUGUCCAGUCAGCAGGAGCGGGACGGAGCACAGCUCCAGGCCAGCUGGAAACUGGAGCGUGAGCGGCUGGAGAGAGAGCUGACCGCAGCUAAGGAGAAGAUUCAGCAGCUGUCUGAAGUUGAGUUAGAGCACCAGUGGCUUCAGCAAGACAAUGAGCGGCUGCUUAAAGAGGCAGAGGAGAGAAAGCACAAGGUUGAGAAACUCCAGGAGUCACUCCAUGCUGUUGACACUCAGACAGAGCAGCUGCGCUCCCAGCUCCAAGCGGCAUCCCAGGAGAGUCAUAUGCACAACCAGGAAACUGCAGCACUGCAGAGAAUGUUGCAAGACUCCCAGGACAAGGUGAGGGAGCUGGAGAUGAGUAUGGGUCAGCUGUGCAGAGAGAAGGAAGAACUGCAGAGGGCCAGAAGGCAGCAUGAGGAUGAAGCCUCUCGCACUAUGGAAGAAGAAUGCCAAAGGCUUCAUAAACAAAACCAGGACCUGCUUCAAAAGGUGGCACAGCUACAGGCUCACGAAAAGGAACUGCGGAAGCUGACUCAAGAGUGCCUGACUCUAAAACACAAACAGACACAGUUAGAGACAGCUACACAAGAUGCCAAGAAUCAAGCGCUGCAGGCGGACACGGCCCUGUCCGUGGCACAGGCGCAGCAUGUGCGGGCGCUGCAGGACAUGCGGGAGCAGGUGGGUGCGGGCUCCAGGGAGCAGCUGGGUCCCCUCCAGGCUCAGCUGGCUGGGCACCAGCGCCGGGGCCAGCAGCUGGAGGAGAUGCUCCGUUCGCAGGCGCAGAAGGCUAGCACACAACUGGCACUGCAGCAGGAGCAAUACGAGAAAGUAAUGGGGCAUAUGCAGGAAAGGAUGGAGGAGGUGGAGGCUAAACUGAAGAAUGUUCGGAUGAUGUUACAAGAGAAGGUCAAUCAGCUAAAAGAGCAGUUGACCAAGAAUGCCAAGUCCGAUCUCCUGUUGAAGGACUUGUACGUGGAGAAUUCCCAGCUCAUGAAGGCACUGCAGAUCACAGAACAACGUCAGAAGAGUGCUGAGAAGAAGAGCUUCUUACUCGAGGAGAAAGUGGCUGCUCUUAACAAACUCCUUCGUAAAAUUGCUCCUGCAUCCCUGUCUGCCUAGAGCACGUCUUUCCCUACAAGCUUACACGAGCCAUAUAUACUAUUGUGACAUACCUCUAUCCUCUUUCACCACAACCAAGUAGGAUGCAGUUACAGCUUAGUGGGACAGGUGCUGCAUUGUCCUUAGUCACCUCAAAGCAAUAAUUGAUCCUCAUGUAUAUUGUUCGAGCACAAACCAAGCAGGUAACUUGGUAUUUUCAUCUAGGGUACUGAGUACAAUUUUUGCUCUCUAUUUUUUUCACCUCUUGUGAGGUAAGACCAGUUGCAGGUUUUAAAUCAUAGGUUCAAUUAUUGUGCUUUUUAUAGUGUCUGAUUAAGUGGGUUGAGACAAAUGACCGGCAGCGGACCAUGCUACAAUAUUACUGCUUAAAACCCAUAGUAUAAUCCUAUGGCUAAGUUGUUGUAAAGACAUGGAUAAAGUGUAGUCCUGGACCACCUCUACAGUGACAACCUGUCCCCUGAAAGCCUCCAGUUUCACAGGUCAAUCCCUGUCUUUGUAUAUGUUUGAGUGGAUGUAGGAAUGCUACAUCCAUGUGCUGCUUGGGUUUCGGUCCCAAUCUUAACAUCACAGGGAAAUCAGGGUGCUUCUUUUUCUUCCCACUGGUUCUUCUGUUAACAUGGAUCCAAGUUUGGCACAAUCAUAUGCCUGGUCAUAACAAUGAAUGAUAUUUAUGAAAGUGUUCUUAAUAAACUUGUAAUAGCAACCAAAAGUACAGUAUUUCAUAAUGUAUAGUUUUGAUACACGGGUGCUACAUUUUGACACUUGCACAUUUUGAAAUCUUUAUGCACUACUGUACAAUUCAAGCUUGUAGAAUCACAAAAGAUUGUGGAAAGAACAUUUAAGAUGGUGGUUAACAUUAUCCUAUUUUUUUCCCCAGACAGUGAUAUUAUUCUAUGAAGAGUAAUUGUUAUUAAGUAGGAUGUAAAUGUAUUAUUGCCCUACAUCACUGUAUAAAUUAAUGUACAAAUGUUUACCAAGUAAAACCUCUUCCCUUGAA